UCCACGUCCACUUUAAUUCCGUUACUUGGCCCUUUGAUUGUCCUUGUUGUCAUUGCUCUUGUAUCCCUCUCAUUUGUUCUAAUCUCAGGAUUGAUACUCCCUGCAUCACAAAGCAAUCAGCAGCUAUCUUAAGCGUGUAGCCAGACCUCAGUCUCACUAAGCCCUCAUUUAUUAUCUUGAAAUAAAGGAUCGUUGCCUCGACCUAUUUCCGGUCACACUUCCAGUAUGGCUUAUACAGAUGAUGCUGUGAAAGCAAAGCUUUCCGCUCUCAAUGAGACGCAGGAAGGCAUUGUCACAGUUGCGCAAUGGGUUAUGUUCCACAGGCGCCACGCCGAGCGUACUGCGCAGCUUUGGUUACAGAAGCUUCGCGAUUCUCCAGCGCCCAAGCGAUUGAACCUAAUAUAUCUUGCGAAUGAGGUUGCGCAACAGUCAAGAGCACGACGGAAAGAGGAUUUCCUUAUCGCAUUCUCACCAAUCAUUGCGGAAGCAACGGCUAUCGCGUACAAAGGUUCUUCGAAUGAUAUCCAACAGAAGAUCCGACGAGUAGUAGAGGUCUGGAGACAACGAGCAAUCUUUGAGCCACCCAUUCAGGAUGCUGUUGAAGCGCGAGUGGACGAAAUAGAUAAAUCACGCUCUACGGGGAAAAAGCCGCCUCUGGGCGGGUCACUCUUCUCAAGCCCAUCUGGCUCGACUCCUUCCGAGCUUCAGCCCCUUGUUCCCUUACAAGUUGCUCUUUCCAAAGCUACGGUAGCCUCUGGCGCAUCCGCUACAACUGCCAAUGCCGAGUACGAUAAGAUGCACGAUCCCAACACCCCCCUGCCGACGCCUCCAGUGCAUGCAGCGCGACUCAGCCAGUUAUUGAAGGCGCUUGCAAAUGCCGAGAGCUCUGUAUCUGAGGUAAUCAAAUCCCGGGUAGCACUAAUUGAUGGCCUUGAGAAACUUCUUGAGACCAAUCGCUCGGCGUUGUCAAAGGAGCAAUCUCUGGCUACCCAGCUAUCAGAAAGAAGAUUUGAGACCGAAGCGAAGAAACGUGAAGUGGAGGACGGAAUCAUGAGGGGUUUGUCCGCUGAAAAUUCGCCGACCGUCAAUCUUGGAGAAACCGGUGCUGAAGAACUCGUCACUCGCCCGGAAAUUGAAGCUCUAACUCCCCCGCCUGUGGAAGCUCUCACACCCGUUGGAUCGCCCAAGCAGGAGCCACAAGAGAUGGAUUUUGCUGCGCAGAACCAUUCUCAUGUGCCUCCUACUGGCUUCACAUUGCCAGGCUUCGGGUACCCAACAGAAGCUGCUGAAACUGGUUUUCAAGAUGAUGCAAGCGGACUCCAUGCCAAGCGGCGCAAGGUUAUCCAUGAGGAAGAAGACUAUGCCAAGUUUGCAGGCGGUGAUUUGGAUGCCGAUGUUGCCGAGCUGCUGCAACAGGAAAGCACUCUUCCAAAGUAGAAGUCUUGGCUGUGCGUGCUAGUUGGUCCUUCGCGAGAAGUUCAGCCGGUCGGCUCGUUUCGAUGUGUCCUUUUCUUUGAGCACCUUAAGCUUUCCUAGUG